GUUGGUUUCGUUCGUUGGUUCUUUCGCCGGGAGUUUCUGCUUGCCGUUCCUCCGGCUCUGACAUGUUCCUUUUCGCAUUCGCCUGUUGGAGAUGACUUAUGACUGCUGGCACAGCACAUCCUCGAGAGACGUGAAAAACCAGAGCCUUUUGCUGCACCAUGCAUUCGACGGAAACGGCCAAAACGAUCGUAGGCGACCUGGCGCUCGUCUUUACCAUAGUCAACUACGCGAGCGGAGUACAAAUAUGCAGAAAAGUUCGUGAAAAAGGCGGUACCCACGAUCUCUCCCCGUUGCCUUUCUUGGCAGGCAUGCUUGCCACAUUCCUCUGGUUCGAGUACGGUGUUAUGAAAGGAGACAGCAUAUUAGUGUGGGUGAACUCCAUUGGUUUCCUGCUGCAGAUGAUGUUCCUGUGCUAUUUCUACUCGUACACAAAAGUCAAAGGCACCUUGAACUGGAAGAUUCUUGUCCUCCUCCUUAUGCUGGCUGGAGUCUAUUAUGAGGUCACUUAUUUCAUCACAGACAAAGAUGUCGCAUUGUCUAUUGUGGGGAUGAUGGGCUGUAUAGCGGCGUUUUUGUUCUUUGCAUCACCCCUGUCUAGCCUGCUUCAUGUGGUCCGGACGCAAAGUGUUGAAACUCUCCCAUUCCCACUGAUCCUGUCCGCAUUUGUUGUGUCGAGCUUGUGGACACUGUAUGGCUUCAUUUGUGCGGAUGCAUUCAUUUAUACACCAAACAUCAUGGGUGCCCUGAUUACAGCUUGUCAGCUGGCCCUCUUUGUGAUCUACCCUGCAGCAAAGCAGUAUUGAAAGAAUGCAAGACAAGAGGCCACUAAAGAAGAGCACAAAUAUCACAAAUAUAUUUUUUAUUUACAAUAUUA